AUGCAUCGCACUCGAAAUAACUAUAUCAAAGAAUGCAACAAGAAGUUUCCCGGUAUCAACCCACCCCUGCGCGAGUCCGACAACCUCGCCGUACGGCUCGCUCCUUACGGAGGGCUGCCGUCCUGGGCGCCUGUCCGUAGACACUGGUUCCAACAUUUCGGGUGUACGAUCGCAACCCGUUCUCACCCCGGUCAUCUCUCCAACGAUGAAAUCAAGCACUUCCGAAGUGAGUCCUUGCCUCUGCGCUCACAGUCAUCGCUCGUUGUACGCCUUGACCUUUGACUCGCUGACUCCUCCGCGUCGGCAAUUUGCUUGCGCUGGUCGGUGGCGACGGUGUGCAGGAAAAGGAGUGCACUUCGGUCUCGAGCCCGUGGCUGGCUUCGAAAACGUUGUCGACACGAGAGCCGAAGCCAGCACGGAGGUCCUGGGGCUGGCCGAGCUGCUGCCCGACUCGAAGCUGGCAGAAACGGCCAAGGCUGAGGUUGACCUCUCGAAGAGUGGCCAACACCGUGCGCGUACUGGUACACUCUCCCACUUGUAG